CUCAUACCCUUUCUAGUACACCUUACUACCAACUAAUCUCAUUCACAAUGUCUGGCCUCAACCCCGGUGACAGCUUCCCCGCUGACGUUACCUUCUCCUACAUCCCCUGGUCCGAGGAGAAGGGCGAGAUCACCUCUUGCGGUAUCCCCAUCAACUACUACGCCUCCAAGGAGUGGGCCGACAAGAAGGUCAUCCUCUUCGCCCUCCCCGGUGCUUUCACCCCCGUCUGCUCUGCUCGCCACGUCCCCGAGUACGUUGAGAAACUCCCUGAGAUCCGCGCCAAGGGUGUCGACGUUGUUGCCGUCCUUGCCUACAACGAUGCCUACGUCAUGAGCGCCUGGGGCAAGGCCAACCAGGUCACCAACGACGACAUUCUCUUCCUGUCUGACCCCGAGGCCAAGUUCUCCAAGAGCAUCGGCUGGGCCGACGAGGAGGGCCGCACUGGUCGCUACGCCAUCAUCAUCGACCACGGCAAGGUCACCUACGCCAAGCGUGAGCCCGCCAAGAACCACCUCGAGUUCUCGAGCGCCGAGGCCGUCCUCAAGCAGCUGUAA